AUGCCCAAUGAAAAAGUCAAAUUAUAUCAUGAAAAACAAAGAUUACAAUUAUGUGGUUUACAUUCAUUAAAUAGCCUUUUUCAAAAAAAAGUCUUUAGUAAAGAAACGCUUGAUUCAUUUGUACACACGCAUGAUAAAUCACGUUUUUGGAAUGAAUAUUCAACAUUUCUUACUGGCAAUUAUGAUUUAAGAAUUCUAAUGGAUGCAUUAAACAGCAAAGGAUAUGUAUUGCGUGCGAUUGAUAUUUCCGAAUGUUUUGAGACAUUUAGUUACAAAGAUUGUUUGGGUUUAUUAUUAAACAUAGUUGUGGAACGACCAUUUAUUUCUAGCAUACCUAUCGUAUGUUCAUUCGCAAAACCUGGCCGCCAUUGGUUAACUAUAAAAAGUGUUGAUGGAGAAAAAUAUUAUAACUUCGAUUCAAAACUCUCUCAACCGGAAUUAAUUGGCUAUCAAAGCGAUUUAGUAGCAUAUUUAAAUAAACUUGAUCGUGUACAAACUUAUUUUUAUAUUGUUAUCGAAGAAGACCUAGCUGCGAAAUUCGAGCAAAAAUAA